AUAUAGAGCUAGCAACCCCCAUGUAGUCUAAUUAAAAUCCAUUUCUAUAUCUAUAUAUAUAUAUAUAUGUAUAUAUAUAUAUACACACACACAUAGAAAUAGACAUAGACGACAGUAUUUUUAUGUUGUUUAAAUUCUGUCGUAUGGAUGGCUGAUCCUCCUCCUCCUCCUCCUCGGAAAUUGCCUGAAAGCGACCAGUCGUUCGACGUCCCAAAUACAUCAGACGACGUCGCUCCGCAUGAAAACCAGCCAUCACCCAGGCCACGCAUCCAUUCACCGCGAGCCGGUUCUUCUUCGGGUUCGGUUCGUCGGCACCCGGUUUACCGGGGCAUUCGGUUCCGGAGCGGAAAAUGGGUUUCCGAAAUCCGAGAGCCACGUAAAUCCACGCGCAUUUGGUUGGGUACGUACCCGAUCCCUGAUAUGGCCGCUGCUGCUUAUGACUUGGCGGCUUUGGCUCUGAAAGGUCCUGAUACGGCGUUGAAUUUCCCAAACUGUAUUUUGUCGUAUCCUAUACCUGCUUCCACGUCAGCUGGCGAUAUACGCGCUGCGGCUGCAAGAGCCGCCGAAUCUAAGCUGCCGACGAAGCCACAAGAAGCCGGAGGGGAAAGCUCGAAGCCGCCGAGUGAGAAAGAGGAAAGUAGUGGUGGCAGUUCGAUGGUUAAGAGCGGCGAGGAAUUCAUCGAUGAGGAAGAGCUUUUGAAUAUGCCGAAUCUGCUGGUGGACAUGGCGGAGGGAAUGCUGGUGAGCCCGCCGAGGAUCAAAUCUCAGUCGUCGGAUGAGUCGCCGACUAAUUCAGAUGGAGAAAGUCUGUGGAGCUAUACUUAACUACGGUAUUGCCCAUUGUAAGUAAGUUCAUCAUCAAUUUAUCAUCCAAAAAUUGAAAAGCCGUACUCCCAUCCUUCAUGAUAAAAUCAUAAAAAACCAUGAUUCUGGUCCACGUAGAAACAAAUGUACGGAUGGUCAGUGAUUGGUUGUGUGGGAUUUUUCCCUUAAUUGAUGAAACUUUGAUUUAGGUUUUGGGUUUAGGGUUUAAUUCGCUCUCCUUUGGCAUGAUUUUCUUUCUGGCUUUUUACUAAUCUUAAAAUUUUUCCAGAGGCAUGUUGGAGUUUGAUUACAUGUGUGAGGGAGAUUCUAAUGCUGUGAUAUGUCUCAGCAGUAGUAGUUUAGUUUUUUUUUUUUUAAUUUUAGAUGGAUGUCAAAUUGAUCUUCUUGAGAUUGCUAAUAGCUAGAAAGAGACUCUCUCUUUGUGGUUUUAAUUUUCCUGCAAUUUUUUUUUUUUAAAUAUCAUCAAUGUAAAUUAUUUCCUCCAUUAAUCUUUAUAAAUGAUCUAUCUGCAAAAAGCUUCUUGACUAGCUUUUUUCAUCA